AUGGGACUUUCUCUUUCACUUCUCGUGUCUGCUUGUAAAGAACUUUUGACAAACCAACUCUUCAGUUUCAAGAACCCUGUCGAGAGUUUCCUUGGAACCAGAUCCUUCGGCUUGACAUCAAGAACCAACAGUUUCAAGAGUGAGGCCUCACCCGAAAACUCUCCAAAGGCCGGUAUGGAGAGGUCUUUGAGUUUCAACAGCUGGGAGAUUCCAACAGAAGUCAAGACUGAGCCGGUAGAUGAUGUGAAAAAGCCUAAACGCAACAGUUUGAACGGAAGAACCUGCGAGAGAAUCCAGAUAACGAAACCCACGAUUACUCUCCCUGAGCCCUUUGUGUUCUUCUCCCCAAGACCGCUCGCUGAGCUUGACGCAGCUGCAACUACGCUACAGAAGGUUUACAAGAGUUACCGGACAAGAAGGAACCUAGCGGAUUGCGCGGUUGUGGUUGAGGAGCUCUGGUGGAAGACUCUGGAUGCUGCAGCUCUGAAAUUGAGUUCUGUUUCCUUCUUUGAAGAGGAGAAACAUGAAACCGCUGUUUCCAAGUGGGCACGUGCUAGAACACGAGCUGCUAAGGUUGGAAAAGGCUUGUCCAAAGAUGAAAAAGCUCAAAAGUUAGCCCUUCAGCAUUGGCUAGAAGCUAUUGACCCACGUCAUCGUUAUGGACACAACUUGCACUUCUAUUACGAUGUCUGGUCAUCAAGCAUGAGUGCACAACCAUUCUUCUACUGGUUGGACGUUGGCGAUGGAAAAGACAUAAAUCUUGAACACCACUCAAGAAGUGUUCUUCAAAAACAGUGCAUUAAAUACCUCGGACCUAUGGAGAGAGAAGCAUACGAGGUGAUAGUGGAGGAUGGGAGACUAAUGUACAAACAGAACAUGACUCUGAUCAAUUCAACAGAGGAAUCCAAGACGAUAUUCGUACUGAGCACAACUAGAACCUUAUACGUUGGUCAGAAGAAGAAAGGCGUUUUCCAACACUCUAGUUUCUUAUCUGGUGGUGCCACAACCGCUGCAGGAAGAUUGGUCGCCCGCGAUGGUAUUCUCGAGGCUAUAUGGCCUUACAGUGGACAUUACUUACCAACAGAAGACAACUUCAAGGAAUUCAUUAGUUUCUUGGAAGAGAACAAUGUUGAUCUCACCAAUGUUAAGAGGUGCACUGUGAACGAGGAAUAUUCGUCGUUUAAAUACGAAGAAGAAACAAAAGAAGAGGAAACAGAGAAUGAAAACAUUACAGAGGACAAAGAAGAAGAGAAAGACACACAAAGACCGGUGUUCGAGCUGUCGAAGAGGCUAUCUUGCAAAUGGACAAGUGGAGUUGGUCCAAGAAUUGGGUGUGUUAGAGAUUAUCCAAUGGAGCUGCAGUCACAAGCAUUCGAACAAGUCAGCAUGUCUCCUCGUAUUUCGCCUGCCUCUGCACGUUUCCCGUCACCAUACGGUCCAAUUCCUUCACCAAGGCCUAGUCCUAGAGUAAGAGUCUCUCCACGCUUAGCAUACAUGGGAAUACCAAGCCCUAGAGUUCAGGUCAACUGUUAGUGUUUUUUGCUGUUAAAUUGAUUCACUAAUAAGCGCGAGUCUUGUGAGUUUUAAGUUAGUAGUAAGGUGUGAGAAAAGGCUUUAUUAUUUCUCUAAUCCUUUGUUCUUUAAUUCAUGUCAAAUGAAGUUUAUUUCUUUUUCGCUCUUAAUUUGUAUUUGUAGUGGAAACCUUGGUUUGAAGUUCUUAUUAAUAGAACUUUGUGUAAUCUUUGAUCUGAAAACUGAAAUUUAUUUUUUGAGAGUGUUGAUUAA